AAUCAGAAAUCGGAAGCAGAAGAAUUGAAUCGAAGAUGAGUCGGAACGAUUCCAAGUACUUCUCCACAACAAAGAAGGGUGAAAUCCCUGAGCUCAAAGAAGAGCUCAAUUCUCAGUACAAGCAAUCUAUCACUCCUUAAUCUGUGAUAGUCUACGGCUAGUGAGCGUUCAUUAAGGGACGGUUUGAAUUUUAGGACUCGAAAAUAAAAUUUAGGGGUUUUAAAUACGGUGAAAUCUGGAAGAUUUUUUUUUUCUUUUUUAGGGAAUUCGCUAGUUAGCAUAUACUAGGUGAGAGGAUGCCACAAUGAUAUGACAUGAUUUAUGCUUAUAGACAAAUCAUUGACCUCAAGAUUCUUCUUUAUGGUUUCGUCUAAUUUUUCUCAGCUUCCCUCUAUCUCUGUUGAUUGGGCUACACUUUGAUCUGAUAUACUCCCCUUACCGGGGCUUUCAUGCCCAAACCACCUAAGCCAGAUUCUAACAUUUUUCUUUCUAUAAUAGGUGAUAUCCCAAAUUCCCAACUCUUUCUCUAAUGAAUUCAUUUAUGAUCCUAUCUUGUCUAGUAUGUCUAUCAUCUGACGCAGCAUUCCCAAACCAAUUAUGUUGAUUUUAUUUUCUUUUCAUAUUUUAUUUGUCCUUCUUGUCUAUCUAAGUUCAACAUUUGACCAACUAUUGCCACCUGUCAGGCAAUUAUGACAUUAUGUUACAUUUGUAUCGUUGUAAUUUUUUAUUUUCUUCUAAUUAUGAUAUUAUCUUUGUGUACAUAGUUUCUUGGACUUCUCUGUCUUGCCUUUUCGUUAGUCUCUCCUUUAUUGGUGUAGUUGAAAAUUUUCUGCAAGAAAGUAUGUGAAGAUUACCUUUUUCUUUCGUGCCUUGCAGGACAAAAGAAAAGAUGCUGUCAAGAAAGUUAUUGCUGCAAUGACUGUUGGGAAGGAUGUCUCAUCAUUGUUCACUGAUGUGGUGAAUUGCAUGCAAACAGAAAAUUUGGAGUUAAAGAAGCUGGUCUACUUAUAUCUGAUAAAUUAUGCAAAGAGCCAGCCUGACCUAGCAAUACUUGCAGUGAAUACAUUUGUGAAGGAUUCGCAAGAUCCAAAUCCCUUGAUUCGUGCCUUAGCUGUACGGACAAUGGGCUGCAUUCGCGUUGAUAAAAUUACUGAAUAUCUGUGUGAUCCCCUUCAAAGAUGCCUAAAGGAUGAUGACCCAUAUGUUCGUAAGACAGCAGCCAUUUGUGUUGCCAAGCUUUAUGACAUAAAUGCAGAGUUGGUUGAGGAUAGGGGUUUUUUGGAAUCUCUGAAGGAUUUGAUAUCUGAUAAUAAUCCCAUGGUUGUAGCUAAUGCUGUGGCAGCACUUGCCGAAAUUCAGGAAAACAGUAGUAGACCAAUCUUUGAGAUCACUAGUCACACACUGUCAAAGCUCCUUACUGCUUUAAAUGAAUGUACAGAAUGGGGGCAAGUUUUCAUAUUGGACGCUCUUUCUAGAUACAAGGCAGCUGAUGCUCGUGAGGCAGAAAACAUAGUAGAAAGAGUUACUCCACGCUUACAACAUGCCAAUUGUGCUGUUGUUCUAUCAGCUGUUAAGAUGAUCCUUCUGCAAAUGGAGCUUAUCACCAGUACUGAUGUGGUUCGGAAUCUUUGCAAAAAGAUGGCCCCUCCUCUUGUGACAUUACUCUCUGCAGAACCUGAGAUACAAUAUGUAGCACUGCGGAAUAUCAAUCUUAUAGUACAAAGAAGACCAACAAUUCUUGCUCAUGAAAUUAAGGUGUUUUUCUGCAAGUACAACGAUCCCAUCUAUGUGAAAAUGGAAAAGUUAGAAAUUAUGAUAAAACUUGCUUCAGACCGAAAUAUAGACCAGGUUUUACUGGAAUUUAAAGAGUAUGCUACUGAAGUUGAUGUAGAUUUUGUACGAAAGGCUGUUCGUGCAAUUGGGCGAUGUGCCAUCAAGUUAGAGAGAGCAGCUGAACGAUGCAUUAGUGUUUUGCUUGAGUUGAUCAAAAUAAAAGUAAAUUAUGUGGUUCAGGAGGCAAUCAUUGUUAUCAAAGAUAUAUUUAGAAGAUAUCCCAACACAUACGAGUCCAUAAUUGCAACCCUUUGCGAAAGCUUAGACACAUUGGAUGAGCCAGAAGCCAAGGCAUCAAUGAUCUGGAUAAUUGGUGAAUAUGCGGAAAGAAUUGACAAUGCUGAUGAACUUCUUGAAAGUUUCUUGGAAAGUUUCCCUGAAGAACCUGCGCAAGUCCAAUUACAGUUGCUGACUGCUACUGUCAAGCUUUUCCUCAAGAAGCCAACUGAAGGCCCACAACAGAUGAUUCAGGUUGUUUUGAACAAUGCUACUGUGGAGACAGAUAAUCCUGAUUUGAGAGAUCGGGCAUACAUAUAUUGGCGUCUCCUUUCAAUCGAUCCUGAGGCAGCUAAGGAUGUUGUGCUAGCUGAGAAGCCUGUGAUAACUGAUGACUCAAACCAAAUUGAACCUUCUCUACUUGAUGAGCUUCUUGCCAACAUUGCUACAUUAUCUUCUGUUUAUCACAAGCCUCCAGAUGCUUUUGUGACUCGUGUACACUCUUCAGCUCAGAGAACUGAAGAUGAAGACUAUCCUGAGGGAAGUGAAUCUGGGUUUUCUGAGUCAGCUGCAAAUCCUGCUAAUGGUCCUGCAUCACCACCUACUGCCAGACAAUCAGCACCUGCAUCUGCAACAGCUGCACCGGCCACAACUCCAUCUGUUGCACCUGUGCCAGAUUUACUUGGCGAUUUGAUAGGCAUGGAUAAUAAUUCUAUUGUUCCUGUUGAUCAGCCAGCUACUCCUACUGGUCCUCCAUUGCCUAUUUUAUUACCUGCUUCAACGGGCCAGGGUUUACAAAUCAGUGCACAAGUGACUAGACAAGAUGGUCAAAUCUUUUAUAGUUUGUUGUUUGAGAACAACUCUCAGGUUCCACUUGAUGGCUUCAUGAUUCAAUUUAACAAGAACACAUUUGGUCUUGCAGCUGCAGGACCCCUACAGGUUCCACAAUUGCAACCUGGAACGUCAGCUAGGACACUCCUCCCUAUGGUUAUGUUCCAGAACAUUUCGCAAGGUCCUCCUAGCUCACUUUUACAGGUUGCUGUGAAAAACAAUCAACAGCCCGUGUGGUAUUUCAAUGAUAAAAUCGCAUUGCAUGUAUUUUUUACUGAGGAUGGUAGAAUGGAACGUUCAAGUUUUCUAGAGACAUGGAGGUCCCUUCCUGAUUCAAAUGAGGUUUCCAAGGACUUCCCAGCCAUUGUGCUUGGCAAUGUGGAAGCCACACUGGAACGUCUGGCUGCAUCGAACAUGUUCUUCAUUGCAAAGCGCAAGAAUGCAAACCAGGAUGUGUUUUACUUCUCAGCUAAACUCCCUAGAGGGAUACCAUUCUUAAUUGAACUUACCACAGUGAUUGGAAACCCUGGCGUCAAAUGUGCAAUCAAGACUCCAAGCCCGGAAAUGUCAGGACUUUUCUUCGAAGCCAUUGAGGCUCUUCUUAUGGGUUAAUGAGUUUUUUUCUUUCUUAAUUUGUUUAUAUAUUGUUUUUGUUAGUAUAUUUGAUAAAUAUCCUGGACAGGUGUGUUAUAUCUUAUUUGGAAAAAAAAAAAAAAAAAUCCACUUUUACCAUAUGCUGCCCCUAACUGUAUUUUUGGUACUGCCAUUUUUGCUGAUAUGGGAACAUUGGAUGUAGUUGUGCUGUUGUGGACAGCUUUUGUUAGAGAUUCGAUGGCUUGUAUUGCGCUGUUUGUAAAGUGAUUAAAUUGAUGCUGUUACCAUUUCAUAUGGAUUUUGGAUGUUUCAUUG